AUGGGCUCCGUCUCCUCCGCGCUGGCGCGGUCCCGCAGCGCCGUGGUGCAGUCGGGCUCGUCGCCACCGCAGCCCGAGGCGCCACCGGCUGCUUCCGCUGCUCGCCGAGAUCUAUUUGCGCUCCCCAAGCCCCGGAGGCUCGGACCCGGGCGUGGAGAGCCGGCCGCCCCGCCCGCAGCCUGGGAGGCUCAGCCGGCAGCGCCGAGCCCGGAAGGGCGCGCGAAGUUGGCGAGUCCGGAGCUGUCCCCGGUGCUGAAGAGUGCGGAGAGUAGUAUGUCCCAGCUCUCCUUGCCCCGAAGCCACAGCGCCGGGGUUGCAAAUGAAGCUGGAGACAAGACUGCCAGGCCCCUUGCCCGCUUCUCCCGGUCUAAGUCGCAGAACUGCCUGUGGAACUCCCUCAUCGAUGGGCUCACAGGGAAUGUCAAGGAGAAGCCACGGCCAACGAUUGUCCACGACCCCCGGCCACCGGAGGAAAUCCUAGCUGAUGAACUGCCCCCGCUUGAUAGCCCGGAAGCCUUGGUGAAGACAUCCUUCAGGUUACGGUCUUUGGUCAAACAAUUAGAGAGAGGGGAGGCUUCAGUGGUAGAUCUUAAGAAGAAUUUGGAAUAUGCAGCCACAGUGCUUGAAUCUGUGUACAUCGAUGAAACCAGGCGACUCCUGGAUACAGAGGAUGAGCUCAGUGACAUUCAGUCAGAUGCGGUGCCUUCUGAGGUCCGAGACUGGCUGGCCUCCACCUUCACGCGGCAGAUGGGGAUGAUGCUCAGAAGGAGUGAGGAGAAGCCGCGGUUCAAGAGCAUCGUCCAUGCAGUACAGGCUGGGAUAUUUGUGGAGAGAAUGUAUAGACGGACAUCAAACAUGGUUGGACUGAGCUACCCAGCAGCUGUUAUUGAAGCAUUAAAGGAUGUGGACAAGUGGUCCUUUGAUGUCUUUUCCCUCAAUGAAGCCAGCGGGGAUCAUGCACUGAAAUUCAUUUUCUAUGAAUUACUCACACGCUAUGAUUUGAUCAGCCGUUUCAAGAUCCCUAUUUCUGCACUUGUCUCAUUUGUGGAGGCCCUGGAAGUGGGGUACAGCAAACAUAAAAAUCCUUACCACAAUUUGAUGCACGCUGCUGAUGUUACACAGACCGUGCAUUACCUCCUCUACAAGACAGGAGUAGCGAACUGGCUGACAGAGCUGGAGAUCUUUGCUAUCAUCUUCUCAGCUGCCAUCCAUGACUAUGAGCAUACUGGAACCACCAACAAUUUCCACAUUCAGACCCGGUCUGACCCGGCUAUUCUGUACAACGAUAGAUCUGUAUUGGAAAAUCACCAUUUAAGUGCAGCCUAUCGCCUUCUGCAAGAGGAUGAGGAAAUGAAUAUAUUGAUCAACCUCUCAAAGGAUGACUGGAGGGAGUUUCGGACUUUAGUAAUUGAGAUGGUGAUGGCCACGGAUAUGUCCUGUCAUUUCCAACAAAUCAAAGCGAUGAAGACUGCUCUGCAGCAGCCGGAAGCAAUUGAAAAACCGAAAGCAUUAUCCCUGAUGUUGCACACAGCAGACAUUAGCCACCCAGCAAAAGCAUGGGAGCUCCAUCAUCGCUGGACAAUGUCACUCCUGGAGGAGUUCUUCAGACAGGGUGACAGAGAAGCAGAGCUGGGGCUGCCUUUUUCUCCUCUGUGUGACCGAAAGUCAACCAUGGUUGCUCAGUCGCAAGUAGGUUUUAUUGAUUUCAUUGUGGAACCCACCUUCACUGUGCUCACGGACAUGACCGAGAAGAUCGUGAGUCCGUUAAUUGAUGAAACCUCUCAAACUGGUGGGACAGCACAGAGGCGUUCGAGUUUGAACAACAUCAGUUCGGCAGAUGCCAAGCGAUCAGGCGUCAAGAGCACUGGCUCAGAAGGAAGUGCCCCAAUCAACAAUUCCGUCAUCCCUGUUGACUAUAAGAGUUUUAAAGCCACGUGGACUGAGGUGGUGCACAUCAACCGGGAGCGAUGGAGGGCCAAGGUGCCCAAAGAGGAGAAGGCCAAGAAGGAAGCGGAGGAAAAGGAUCGCCUGGCCGCAGAGGAGAAGCAGAAGGAAAUGGAAGCCAAAAGCCAGGCUGAAGAAGGCGCAGCUGGCAAAGCUGAGAGAAAGACGUCUGGUGAAACUAAGAAUCAAGUCAGUGGAACCCGCACAAACAAAAGCGACAACCCUCGUGGGAAAAAUUCCAAAGCGGAGAAGUCUUCAGGAGAAAAGCAACAGAAUGGUGACUUGAAAGAUGGUAAAAAUAAGACGGAAAAGAAGGAUCAAUCAAAUGUCGGAAAUGAUUCAAAGAAAACAGAUGAUUCAGAAGAGUAAAAAACACCUCAUAUACAAUAAAAGAGGCUGCCAAUGUCUUGCAUCAUUUUAGCUGAGCUUCUGCAUUCUCCUUCUUCCACAAAGACCCAUAUCUGGGGAAGGUGUACAACUCUCAAAAACAAGCCCCCACACUUGGCCUUCUCUCAUGCCAUCUCCUCGCAGGAGAUGACUGUCUGGGAGCUGGUUUGAAGUCUUAGAACUCUGGGGAAUUUCCCCCCAAGCAAACAAAACAGCUUCAGAUUUUUGCACAAACAGAACAAAACAUGAAGGGACUUCCUCAAAAUCCUUUGCUAAUGCCCUGACUUUCAAGGCACCUGUCUGGCCUCAUGAGAAUGGACAUCCUGGAUUUGCUGAGAGAGGCUUGAAAAAGCCACACACAUAAUAAUUGCCAUUUUAUUACUGUCAAUGUUUUUACUUUAAAUGUUAUUUUUGCACUGGCUGCUGAUGGUGGAUAUAGCCAUGCUGGCCUUCAUUGCGGCUAAGAUGAUGAUUCCAGCCUCUGGUUGUUCCUUUCCUGAGUCAGGAAUAUUCUUUUUCUCCAGUUUCCUUUCAGACUUAAAAAUUGUUCUUAUGCUUUUCUUUCCAUUUAUAUACUAUGAAAUUCUUUUUGUUUUAUAAAAAAGGAGAUUUUCCUAUAGGAAUCUUUGUUUGAUGCUUAAUUUAUCUGUGCGUUCAUUAACAUAAACCUGGAUGUUUCAGCUGAUGACCACAUUGUUCAGGUGGGGAACCCAGUGUUUUCAUUGGGUAGCAUCCAUAACUAAGUGGCUACUGAAAUUUUUACCGCUGGCUGGUCCUCCUCUUUUGGAUAUCUGUGCUUUGAUGUAAUCACUCUUCUUUUUCUUCAGGGAAGUGCCAAGGGAAUUAGUAUCAGAGAGAUAUGCCAGAUAAUUAUUUUCCUUUUAAGGAGCCUUUAGAAAUACCAGAUAGGAGAUGAUUAAUAGCACAAAUCAAAAAUAAGAAUAGUGAAACCAAGUCAAAAAUGGGAUCCAACGGAGUGCAAGUAAAGUAAUUUUAUGGGUCUAACUGGUGUGAUUUGAAUGAAACUAACUUUUAGAGUGUGGUUUUGGUUCACAAAGGAAUCUUUGAGUCCUUCCCAAGGGUAAAUCACAUGAAAAUGCUGGUGAUGGAGUGGGAUUAGUAACACGAAGAGGGAGAGCUGGAUGCUAGGCUUAAGUGCAUUCCCCAUUUCAGAUUUAAUUUCUACAUUAAAACAGCACAAAAAUAAACAUUUUAAAAAUCCUCUCCUUCCUAAGGCAAAAUGUCGGUAUUUCUUCAGACAGAAAGGAGGAGAGUAUGUGUAUAAUCUAUAAGGCCUUUGCCUUGCUGAAAUAUUCCCCAACAGAAAGAUCUCUGUUGUGUAGAAUGCACAGUGAUACGCUGAUAUUUGAACAUGGUUCUUUACUCAGCUUUACAUUUUGCCUGGUAAUAACAUGUAUUUUUCUGUUGCUUCCCAUGCUUUCCUAACAGUCAUCACAGUAAAUAACGUGGUCACACAUUCAAAUCAGGGGCCAACCAGGUCAAGUAAAUGAGCAAAGCAAGCCAUGGAAUAUCAUAAUUAUUUGGAUAAAUGGCGAUUCAUAAUAGGCCUUGGCAUCAGUGAGGCAGUAGGGAGAGUGGGGACGCUGAGGAAUUGGAGAGGGCGUGUGCUGUUGAAAAGGGGCAGUUGCUGAUCAGCUACAGGAUUAGGGCUCUGUAGGAAUGGGGGUCCUAGAUCUCUAGGAUUUUAUCUAAACUCUCUCCAAAUUUUUAAAUGUUGGAGACUAAUUCAGAAAUUUACAAACGCUGUACUAGUCAAAGAAAACAUGCCUUUGACCUGCUUUCAAUGCAUGGGACAUCAGUUUGCAAACUAUGUACUGUGAGGUGGUAUGGUUUUGUAUAGGAAUGAAAUACAACUAGUCCAUGUCAAUUCUUGACCUUGGAACCAGAACAUUUUACCUCAUUUCUAUUCUGUAUUUUUUUAUGUAGAGCUUUGCAGCCAGUCAAAAUAAAAAGCCUACAGCUUCCCUUUUGUACUCUAACAAGCAAGACUAAACAAUAUUUUGAAAAGAAACAGGACUAUAGCCAUUUUUUUCCAGCACUAAUAAAGAUGGAAGUGUUUUUCAUUUGCUUCAAGUCAUUAAUUAACUGAAAAAGAACGGGCAGAAAAUUUCAUUCAGUACCCAACUCUGCUUGGAACUUUCAGUGUGGAAAAACACGUAACUUAUUUUUAAAUUCUUAAAAAGUGUUUCGAAGGGACAUUGAGUAAAAAUGCAAAAUUACUUUUUAACAAUAUAAAACAAUGUAUUAUUAUGUUAUAAAUCGAUGCUGGAGUUGAUGAACAUUAAAAUGAUGAUUCCAAGUCAGUAGUGACUGGAAGAACAAUAUUUCCAAAGCUCCAGCUCACUUGCUAUGGUCUUUUUAUUCUCUUGAAAUAGCUCUUCCAAGUUGAGCAGCAAUACGGGACACACUUUCUUCCACUGCACGGAUUACGGCAUCUCACUCUGUGUUACAUUGUCAAAAGAAAGCAAGGGCUUAUGCAUCUGAAUUAAGAAUUGACCCGUAUGUGGGGAAAGCAGUAGGGACAUUCCCACUAUUGACAAACCGCAAGUUCUAUAUGUCCCCAAGUGGAAAGUGACAAAUGGAGUUGACUCUUGAGUUUGGGUCCCCAUGUCUUCAAAUAGCUCUACAUCCAAGUUUUGUUGAUGUGGUAUGUUUUGGUUCUAUAAUGACCCUUCCAUCGGGAGGUCUUCCAUUUUUAUUCACACCAACCUUUCUUGAGCUGUGAGCCAUAAUAGCUUAUAUCAGCAGACAAGAGGCUGAUUUCUAACCCAUUAAAUUCAAAUAGAUUUUCUUCCAUUCUCUACUUCAUUCUUGGAGCUUUUAAAAACUAUUGAAAACAUCUGCCAGGAUCCCACUAAGGACCUAAUAUACUUAAACAAUAAAAUGAUAUCUAAACAUCCGAAAGCCAAAGAAUAAUCUAGUGCACCUGUACAUUUCAUUUGCAGAAUUAAAGCCAUUAAUAUUAUAUUUUCCAUCUGGAAGCAUGCUUUUACUCAAUGUGAAAAGUAAAAAGUAGAGAGCAACUUUAUCACAGGAUCUGAGGCAGAGAGCAGACAAAAUGAUGGGACCAAUUUUGUAAUCCAUAUUUUGGGAGUAAGGAUAUGAUCUCUUAGCAUCACUUCUGUCAUGAAUCACUUUUCUUUAUAUAGAUGACAGAAAGAAAGAAUAUAUAGUAUAUUUUCUUCUAUUCUUAACCUUUGAGCAGAGACUUACAUGAAGGAAAUGACUUCAUAACAUUCCCCAUUGGGUAUGGGGGAAAGCAAAAGAAAAAAAGCACAAAAUCAUUUUUUCAUAACGAGAUAGACAAGAUUCUGAGUUUAAGCUUUUAUAUGUAGUAUUAGGUCCAAAAUAAAGGGGAUUUAGGGAACUUUUUCUUUCCAAUUGGAAAUUUUAUUCUGAUUCCGAGAUCCCAACACAUCCCAACAGGAGUUGCGGCACUGGCUCACCACAGUGCCUGGCGCACAGUCGGCAUUCAGGAAGCACAUGCAGAAUUGUCCGACUGAAUUCCACCAUCCACCUGUGAGUGCAAACAAGAAGUUCAAACUUACCUGAAAAUAUAUUCAACAUCUUCUGUAAGCCAAGCAUAUGGCUAAAGGCUUACGUUCUGUGUACCCGUGACACAAAUAGUUUAUCAUAAGAGAGGGGAAAUUGCAGGUAGUUUGGGGAAAAUUGUCAGAGCCAAGCUUUUGAAAAAUUAAAAAAUUAAAAUUUCUCUAUAGCCUUUAGAUUUAAGAAAAACUAAAAACCUCCCAAAACAAAACAGGAUUUACCUGAAAAUGCUCUUCCAACAGCGACGAUGACAUUAAUCUAUAUGAAGUACCAAUGGAUUUGUUUAUAAUCCAAGUUGAAACAUUUAGAAUCCAAAAUGGACUCUCUUGGAGCAAAUAGUGCAGUGUGGGGAGUCAUUGCUCCAUUUUUCUCUUCCAGUAUUAUGGUCGGUAUAGCUUUGAACCAUGGCAAAAUUGGACAUUAAAGAACAUAAUGUUGCAAUAAUGAUGUUAGAGUGGAUCUUAUGUGGUGAAUAAAUGGAAAGUAAUACUUGUAAUUCAUCAACGGUCAUCCAUGGUUUAUGGCCUCAUUAUCACUUAGAAAAUGAACUUAAUGAAAAAAUUCUAAUGAACAGCUCAAUAUUUCUAAGAAAUAUCUCUCUGAGGACCAAAAGACACAUUGCCUGCCAAGACCAGAUUUCAGUUGUUAAGAUUUCUGCUCAUCAAAGACACUGAUGGGCACAGAGGUGACACUAGAAUUGGAAUGGUAAUAGACCGCUCUGGGACAUUAGACAGAGUUCAUCUGAUAAGUGAAUUUGGGUCCGAGGAGGUUAGAAAAAUGGGAAGCCAUGCUCUGGAUAUCCUCAUUGGACAUUUGUAGAAGACUGGAUGCUCUUCCAGGAAAGUCAGCUCUAAGCCAGUAGUGUUUCAUUGAAAGAACAUCUUCUUUUUACAUUAAACAAGAGUGGGGUGCAGUGAAAGACUUGGACUAAUAAAUUCAUGUAGUCAAUUUAAAAAUUAUUAAUUUAUGGUUGUUUUAACUAAUGUCCCCACCUAACCUAUUUUGUUUUUAAUAUUGGCAGACAUAUUUGAAAUGAAUUUACAGUUAUUCUGGCUUCUGUUCUCAGGUGGAAGUAGACUGACACUGGCAAUGACUGGCUUCACUAAAUCUGGGCAAUCAGCCUGGAUUGCCAUCUGCUGAACCAGGGAAAGCAGGGGGUGUGUGUGGGCCCUUUCACCUCAUUCAGGGCACGCUUACUCAGUCUCCCUUGGGGAGACCUCUCCUUCUCUGGGGUUAAAUGCUGGCUGUAGUAGCCCAGCCAGUGCCAUCAUGGAGGCCCUCAGCUCUCGUCAGCCUCAGCCAUGAUUGAAGCUCACCCAUGUAUCUUCAUGGGAGCUGGCUUCUGAACCAGGAGAAACAUUUCUCUGUCAGGUGAUGGUGCAGGAUAACUCAUUUAAAAUAAAGCCUGCUAAAACUUAAUGUCUAAGGAAUGGCUUUUAAAUAGAUUGACCUGGAGGCACAUCAUUGUAUAGCCUUUGCUUCUGUGUCACGAUCUGUCUUGGAGUAGGUGUUUGUGUAUUAGAGUCCUUGUCUUUGAGUGAGUAUAUGUGUACAGAAAUAUAGUUACACACCAGUAUACAUAGGUUUAUAGUAAAAACCUACAGCCAUAGGUAACAUCCAGUAACUGAUUCUAGAGAUAGAACUGUAGUGUAUACGUUUUCAUUUCUUCUUGCUUUGAUGAUAUUUUUAUACAAUUUUAUAUGCUGUAAAAAUUUUUAAAAAAAUAUUUGCUAUUUUCAUUUGUAGAGCUUGGUUAGGUUUUUAUCACCUCUGGUGCCCACUUUUCAGCCAGAUUCCUCUCCCCACCUAAUUUAAGAAUCCUCUCCCUUUUUCAUACCUUUUCUUUUGCCUUUCCCUUCUUUUUUUCUCGUUUUUGUACCUUUCACAAAUCCCUUCCUUUGCCUCUGUUCAGGCAAGCCAUUCUGCUUGCGGUAUUAUUUUAGCACAUGGAAACACAAGAUAAUGGAAAAAACAAGAACACAUUGUUCCAGUAUAAUCCACAUGAGGAGAUGUUGGGUGCCAAGGGUGGGGUAUGGGUAGUUGGGGAGAAGGGAAUAGAUUAGGGAAAGGAGGCAAGCAAAAGGAAAUCCUUAUGGGAGAUCAAUUACCCAAAGCAAAGUGAAUCACUUCGAGGCUAGUAUAAUGCUGUCAUUAUCUUCCUUCAGUGCAGAGCACAAUUUUGCUGUCGCAGGGUUUUUCUCCUUAGGGUGCUGUGCCCUCACCAUGGGUCUGUAGACUCUCUCCUAAUAAGGGCACUGGCCAUAUGUCAAUGGAUAACUCAGCUUAUCUCCUCAGCCUUAGAUUUUGCUGCUGUUCAGGUGGAUUUGGGGGAGAUUUCUGGAUUAAUAUAAAAAAUGUUUAACAAGACUCAAAAGAGGGACAAGCAGAACCAAAAUCCCAAAUCUCAGUGCAAAUCAUGCCGAAUAAGUAGUUUUUUGGAGGAAUAAGGAUGGAAUUUCUGGAUAUGUUCUAAGAAUGCUCUUCCAAAAGGGAAGAUGGUAAAAUGGACUUGUCUGUAUUUCAUGGCAGUGAUAGAAUGUACCUCCAUGAUGUGAAAUAUGUUUCUAGCAGAUAAAAUGCAGGUUGCAAUUUGCAUUUGUAUAUCAUAGGGCAAGAGAAUGACCAUCCCUUCUGAAGAAGAGUGCUUGUUCCCUAUGACGCUGAUUUGUCCUAAAAGAAACUAUUCAAAUGCCAUAGCAUCACAUCUCCAAAUGCAAGAAUAAAUCAUAGGAAUUCGUGUAAAACAAUAUGCUAAACUGCUCUCAAUAAAUUACAUAUUUGUUGUAAAUCUUUAUUGCACAGAUGAGGCUGACAGUGCCUCAAUGUAAUAAUUUUCCCCCAGCAUCUACUAAUGAAUAAGUACAUGUAUGUUCUUCUGAUUACCAAAUAAAAACAAUGAAUUAACCUCACUAUUGGAAUUUGAAAAA